AUGUCUCGCGUGUCAUUUCUCCCGCUGCACGACUUGGCUCCGCAACUAUUACGUCGUGAGCGUCAAUGCAGUGACAUUGACAAUGAACUUUUAUCCAAUACAUUGCGUGGAGGUCGUAAAGCCAAUCAUUAUCGUAAACUAAUGGUGGAAUUGGUGCGAUGUCAUCCGGUGCUCUCACGUCGAGACUUUAUCUACCAGAACCACAAAGAGCGCUACGCUGCAGGCUUAAAAAAGAUCUAUCACUAUGUUCUUCUUGUUAAAAGUCAUUGCAUUGAGGACCCGCGUAAUCAACAAGAAUUGUACGUAGCUUUAGGUGAGCGUCUACCACUCGAAGUCCAUCGUGCGAUGUUCAUUCCAACGCUUGAAAAUCAAGCGGACCAGGAGCAGCAAGCUAAAUGGUUGCCUCUUGCAAGGAACUUUAAAAUUAUUGGAACGUACGCACAAACAGAAAUGGGCCAUGGCUCCAAUGUACAAGGCAUUGAAACGACGGCAAUCUAUGACAAAGGGAAGCAGGAAUAUGUGAUCAACUCCCCGACUCUCACGAGUCGGAAGUGGUGGCCUGGAGGUCUCGGCUCGACUGCAACCCAUGCAAUUGUCUAUGCCAGAUUAGAAAUUGAUGGAGUAAAAAAAAAGUGUCCAAGCUUUCAUCGUGCCUUUAAGAUCGUUGGAGGACCAUAUGCCGCUACCUGGGAUCGACAUUGGAGAUAUUGGACCGAAGGUGGGAUUCAACUCGCUUGA